AUGGCGCGUUCGCAGCGCGUCCGCACGACCGCGUUGACCCUCGCGAAUCUCCUCCUCCCCAUCGCAGUCCUCGUCUUCGCCGCGGGUUUCUUUCCAUACAAGCCAGUACUGCCUGGCUUGGCCACGUCUGAAGAGCAGGAUGGGAAUGAACGUGCGGGAGGGAGAGAUGCGCCGGUGUUUGACAAGGUCAUCUUCAUGGUUGUGGAUGCGCUCAGGAGUGAUUUUGUGUAUGGAUAUGAGAGUGGGAUGCAGUUUACGCAGAGUCUCAUCCGCUCCGGUGCUGCGAUCCCCUUCACUGCGCAUGCGACACCUCCCACCGUAACCAUGCCUCGAGUCAAAGCCCUGACGACAGGCUCUGUGCCUUCCUUCCUCGACCUCAUCCUCAACUUCGCCGAAUCCGACACAUCCUCCUCCCUCGCAGCCCAAGACACCUGGCUCGCCCAGAUCCGAGCACAAGGAGGCUCCGUCGUCUUCUACGGCGACGACACCUGGCUCAAGCUCUUUCCACCCAACGCCUCCACGGGCACAUCCUUCUUCGCGCGCGAAGACGGAACCAGUAGUUUCUUCGUUUCGGACUUCACCGAAGUAGACCACAACGUCACGCGACACGUUGCGCCCGAACUCGCGCGGCCCGAUUGGAAUGCGAUGGUUAUGCAUUAUCUCGGUCUCGAUCAUAUCGGGCAUAAGACGGGGCCUCAAGGCCCGAAUAUGCUGCCGAAGCAGAGGGAGAUGGAUGGGAUUGUGAGGCGGAUUUAUGAGGCGAUGGAGAAUGAAGAGCAUCAUAAGGAUACCCUGCUCGUGCUCUGCGGCGAUCAUGGCAUGAAUGCGGGAGGGAAUCAUGGAGGGAGUGGGCCUGGUGAGACGGAGCCUGCGUUGUUGUUUGCGAGCCCGAAGAUCAGAGCUGUGAGGGAGAAGAAGACGUAUGAAUGUCCUACGUCCCCGAAGGAAGGGACGGAGUUUCAUUACUAUACCAAAGUCGAGCAGAGCGAUCUGGUGCCGACGCUGGCUGGACUGAUGGGCUUCCCGAUUUCGAGGAAUAGUUUGGGGGUGUUCAUUCCCGAGAUGAACGACGUGCUGGGGGAGGAUGAAGGUGCUGUGAGGGGGCAUUUGGAGCGGAAUGCGAGGCAGAUUAUGAAGAUUGUGGAGAAGACGUAUGGAGGGGAGGGGUUUGAGAGGAGGGUGGAGAUUUUCAAGAAAGAGAAUCAUGCGACGGGGGAGAUGUGUGAGGAGAAAGCAGAGGGAGAGGCGAGACUGGCUUGUCUCUGGGCCUACGCUGGAAACGUACUGGAAUCUCGAAGUUCCGACACGGCGAAACAAGCGACGUUGAUGGCUUUCCUGCUCGAAGCGCAGGAGACCUUGAGCGGCACGGCCAGCUCGUACAACAUCCCCCUCAUGGUCGGCGGCAUGGCUCUCACAACCUUCAUCGUCAUCCUGUCCCUCCACUCCUUCCCGAGAUUCUGGCCCCCAAGCACCGCAGGCAUCUCCCUCGCCCUCACGACCCUCCUCUACGGGAUCAUGAUGUUCGCGAGCAGCUACGUGGAGGAAGAGCAGCAAUUCUGGUACUGGGUCACGCCCGCUUGGAUCCUGCUCUUCACGGUCCAGACAGCUUCGCAGACGCCUUCGCCGAGGACGAAGUACAUCCUUGCGAUGUCUGCGACGGCGAUUCUGGCGGUGCAUAGAUUCUGCGUGCGGUGGAACCAGACGGGGCAGAAACAUGCUGGGGAACCGGAUAUCGUGCAUGGGUUCUUCCCGGAGGCGCAUGUUCUCAUGUGGUUGCUCAUUCUGGCGACGUAUGCUUGUAAUGGGUACUUCCUUGUCCAGAAGGCUUUUGCGGGACUGCUGGCUCCUGAGAUUGGAGUGCUGCUCGCCGUGGCGUUGGAGUUGCCUGCUGUGGUCUUCAAGUUGAAUUUCACGCAGGCGGAUGCGCCGGAGUUGGUGCAGGGCCUGGCUGAGCAGAUUCGAGAGUUGACGAGCUCGUUUGAUCUCGUGCUGCAGGCGAGGGUGGUGUUUGCGGGAUUGGCGACUGUGACGAUUGUGGUCAUGACCCUGGCUGUGCUGUCCGCGAGGGAGAGUACGAGGCUAGGGAUGAAGGAGGCGGGACUUCUGCCUUCGCUGGCGGAGAGGUUGCACGUUCUGCUCACGCUCUUCCUCAUCACGCAGAGCAGAGCGCCUAACGUGCCGCUUUUUCUUGGGUUGGAGGUGCAAAAGGAGGCGUUGAUCCGGAUCUUGAAUGUGCAUGGUGGAAAGGAACGACGAGUCACGGCGGUGGCUUUGACGACGUUGCUUCUCUCGCAUGUCUACUUCUUCUGCACGGGCGGGUCGAACUCCAUCUCCAGCAUUGAUCUGAGCAAUGCGUACAACGGCGUGGCGGACUACAACAUCGUCGCCGUGGGAGUCUUGCUCUUCGCUAGUAACUGGACUGGUCCGAUCUGGUGGUGUAGCGCCGCGAGUGGACUUCUCACAGCCAACCCCUCGAUACCGUCGCAGGCACUUCAGAACGGCCGCUCCUGGAUCGACAACGAGCGCUCGAAACUCCACUCCGAGACGCUGCAGGCGAUGAUGGGGCCUGAGAAGUCGCGGGAAGCACAGUCGCAAGCUGAUGAAAGGAGUGGUGGUUGGUCGCUGUACAUCUCCUGCAUGACGGCCUUUAUCUCAGCAGGCCUUCUGGCCGUCAUGGCGGCUUGCACGGCUCUUCGAACACAUCUGUUCAUCUGGACGGUCUUCAGCCCCAAGUACCUGUACGCCAUGGCGUGGGCGGUUGGGUGGCAUUUGCUGUUCAAUAUCGGGUUUGGGAGUCUGAUGGGUUGGGUUGCUGGUGUAGCAUAG